AUGCUCGAGGUUCUGGGUGACAUCCUGGACGAGUGGGGAGACGAGUGCGUUGAAGGGCUGGCAACAAUGCGUCCAGAAGUACUUUUCCGUAAAACACGAGAUGUCCUUUCGGAACUGAGUCAACUGUCCCAUACACAAGGCAUCUUGAUCCAAAACCUGAAAGGAGACAUGGAAGACAUUCGCGGAGAGCUGCAGAACGAGACAAAACAUAGCUUGACAACUCAGCUACAACAGUGCCAGAAUCGCAUCGAUGAAGACAAUCGCAUUGCGAAAACGAUUCUGUCCUGCCUGGCGGAGAAGGAUUCCACGAUUCGUGACCUCCGAGAGAAGCUUAGGAAGUAUGCUCGUACAGCGGAAAAACUCAAGGAGGCAGAGCAAGAGUCGUCUUUUCUAGCCAGUGUCUUGUGCGAAGCCCAUCGGCAGAUCCAAGUUAUGAUUCCAGUGCAAGAGUCUAUCUUGUUGCGGUCCAAAGAGACAAUUCAGUCGACAGCACUAUGCUUGGACACUGCCUUGGCAGCAGAGAAAGCUUUCCAAAUUGAUGCGAGGGUGAAUGCCGAUGAAGUCAUUCCAUCCGUUCGUGUGAAGAGGCAGCCCGUCAAACCUUGA